UCUGCUGCACAAAGAUGCCUGAUGACCAGUGGUUCACACCGGCCAUCCUUCUUCAGAGGCAUCCCGGCCUGAAAGUGAUAAUCGACCUCACAGACACCACCAGAUACUACGACCCGCAGGAGUUCGCGAAAGAAGGAGUCGCUCACGUCAAGAUCCGCAUCACCGGUGGCGGGAUGCUGCCCCCACUCCGGCUGUUAAAACUAUUUUUUAGAACCGUUGAUGAUUUCAUGAAAAAAUAUGCAAAUGAUCCAGAUGCCCUAGUGGGGGUUCACUGUACACACGGCUUAAAUAGGACGGGCUACUUCAUCUGUCACUACAUGGUGGAUCGAUUGGAUAUGUCGCCAGACGAUGCCAUUGCGAAAUUUGAGGCAGCCCGAGGCCACCCGAUGCACCGCCUUCAUUUUAUAAACGAGAUAAAAAAUUCGAAAGGAAAAGUGACGAACAGUCGCGAAGAACACGGCGCAGAUACGAAUUCGAAAAAAUUUAAUGAAUAUUCCUCACCUUUAGGUGACGCCUUGCAAGAUUACAUCGAUGACCAUCCGGGAAGAGGUUCUUACAAUAGAUCAGGAAGAACACAUGAAGACUGGAGGAAACGGGACACGCAUGGAGAGCCCAAAGUUUCAAGCUUUCGUAGUUUCAACAAGAACGACUCCAACGGGAGGACAUCUAGGAGUUACAGGUACGACGAUAGAAACAGACACAACCGCGAGAAGCAUUUCUCAAAGAGUGAAAGGAAUGUGGUAAACAGUCAUCCUUAUCAUAGGGACACCUCCAGCACUAGUUCUACCGGAAACUGGAGGGAAAGACCUUGAUGUCUCUUUGGAUGGUCAAAGAAUCUUUUGCACUGCUAAAUUGCUGUGAGUUGAUUUCUUUAAUUUCGCUGUAAAUUUCUUAAUAAGUAGCUUUGUUGUAACUGCUAACAGUAUUUGCUUAGUUUUUUUUAUUCUGGUGCCUUGUAAGGUUUUUAUAUUUGUAAUUCCUUGUUUGAUGA